CGCACCCGGCCCGCGCUCUUGAGUAUUAUUAAAAUUACGCUGUUAAUCAUUCACGGGCUACUGUAAGUAGCCUUGCAAAUAAUUCUGUGGAAGAUAACGAACGUAUUCACGUGUUUAAACACAAGUGCGGCGAAAUUCUUUGUCACACGAUCGAAUAUUUUUGGAGAAUACGGCGAGGCGGCGCGGCGCGCCUCCUGUAGAAAAGAGCGCGUCGAGACGCGUUUUGUGCUGCUACUGCUUAUCGACAUUUGAGAAGCGAAUUUUAUACAUACCCAACAACGGAACAUCAAUUAACACAAUAGAAGCCGGUUAAUAUGAAUCCCAACAGUGUCGAGGUGGUUUGUUAAUGCUAAAGCUGUACUUGUUUUAAAACGAAAGAUCGUAUGCCGUUUAUUAGAUCCAAUAUAAAUGACCGCAGUGCAUAUAGGAAUUGUAUAAUCCUAUUCCGAGUGUCGACAAGCGCAAUUUUGCGCGUCGCGUAGUUCCCUUGUCGUCGUCGCUCUCUUUUAUACGCAUGUGAGAUUACCUGCCGCUUUUCGGUUCCUGUAUCUUACUUGCAGUUCGAUACUAACAAAUCAUUCACUUGACCGAUACAAAGUCAAUUAAACAAUAUUAGUUCACCCUAUUCGACACGAAUCUGUCUGCUGCACUGUUACACCUUUUUCCUGUUAUUAUCUUUUCAUCAACUUAACGCACUCACCUAAUACGCUGCAGAUUCUCAAUUAUAAUAAAUGAGAUUUUAAUUGUUGUAACUAACUGCACAAAGCGCUCUUCGAACGAUUAUGUCCUACGUCGAUAUCAGAUUUCUACAAACUCCAAAUAAGUUAAUCAAUCAGUGAUCUGCGUGAUUUAUCAUCUCGUUUACUGCACCUGUCAAAUUUUGGAUUCUUCAAGGAUAUAUUCCCCCAGUCGGUGCUCUCGAAUUUCUUCGCAUCGCACAGCUUAUAUGUAUGAAAAUUAUACAUGCCUACAAUAAAGAAACGUAGAAGCACUUGCGUAAGUAUGAGUUGAAAACUCAGGUAUACACCGCAUAUGCAUGUGAGCACCUGCAGCGCUCUCAUCAAUUGAAUGAAGAUAUAUGGAAUUGAAUAUAAGUCUGAAUUCGUUGAUUGAAACAAUUAAAUUCAUCAUAUUGAAGCGUAAUAUGAUACUGUGGUCAACAAUCUGACAUCACAGGUAAUACAUUGUAUACACUGUAUACUGAGAAACUACAAAGUAGCUAAGAAGCAGAGUAAGAAAAAGGAAAAGAUAAUAAUCGUUUGCCCGCAGAUCGUGGGUCCAUCGAUUUUCCGUUAGAUUAUACUCUAUGAGUUUAAAUAAAGAUGCAGCAUCGCGCAGAUACGAAAAUAAUGCACGAAGAACAAAUAUUAGAAGCAAUAGACCUACUUAGGCGGCGAAAAGCUCGCCCAGAUGCAGAUAGAAUCUGUAAUUAUUUAUUACGCAAAUGUUCAGUGGAUGCGCGUGAUACUAUAGCGGAUCUCCACCGUCUGAUUGAAGCUGAGAAAGUAAUACAAGUAGACUAUAAAGGAAACACGAGUUACCGUAAUGCCUCAAAAUGGUCGAGGCUGCAACUUUACAAGAAUAAACCUGAGGGUUUUGUGAAAGAAAAAUUGAAUUCGUCGAUGGUUGCGGGUGCGGUGGCAGAGUUAGUUAUUGCAGAACCGGAUUAUCUUGAUCAGGGUGUACCGGUGGACAGAUUAAUCGAACAGUUAUUGAAUGGAAUCGCUAAUCCUACUACCAGACGAGUCGUUGAUGAUUUUCUAAGCAAAGAAGUGGCAAGCGGUAAUUUGACGAGAUUAAAUAACGGCAAUUAUUCGUUGGUAGCGAACUCAGAUAUGACGCACGAAACCGUGCAAGAAACUUACAGAGAAAAUGGUGGUAAAAAAAUAUCGCAGAAUCAUCUAACGAUGCAGGUGAAUUCUUAUGAUUUUUCCGAAUGUGAGGAGGCUGUCACGGAUUCCAGGUCAAAUACCCCGAGGUUGUCAGGGCAGACGAGUCUCGGACAAGAUCAAGAAUCUCAACAGGCACUGUGCUAUGCAAUCGUUGUCGGAGGUAAACAACCUUCGACGAAUAAUCAUAAGGAAGAUUAUGGAUCUAAAUCACGUUCCCGAUUUUCCGACAUCAAAGAACACUCCUCCUCUAACGGAGGUAACAAUCAAUCUAACCUUAAAAGAAGCUCAAAAUCGGAACGAAAACAACGGCUAGAAGUCAGGAGUGAGGAACCUCUUGAAAUUGAAAUUAAAUACGAAGAUUAUCGCAGGCAAUCUAGGGAAGAAAAAGAACGCAGGGAGGAAAGUGAACAACUGAGUGAAGAUCGUGACGAUGAUGACGCAGGCAGAAGUUCUACCAAUCCUUCCCCAACUUCGUCUUCGACUAAUCAGGGGGGAUUCCGAAGUGCUCGACGAAAGCGAGCUAAGAAGGUGUUUGAUCCAUCUGACAACAAUCUUGUCCGACGGAAACGAGGGCGUCAAGCUGCUACCCAGAAUAAACCAGCUCCAGUAAUCUCACAGGAUUCUCAAGAGCCGGUUAAACCCAGUACAAAGGACGGGCCUAUUUGGUAUUGCAGUCUCUGUGCUAGGCAUAAACAAGAACGACUUGUAGCGUGCCGAGAUUGUACUGUGAGAGCACAUCCCAGCUGCAUUUACUCCCCAGAGGAAUUGAUACACAAAUUAGAUAGCAGUUGGCAAUGUGGACGAUGCAAAAGUUGCACAGUAUGCUCUGAAACAUCAGAUGCUGGCCCAUUGGUGACUUGCUAUACCUGCGACGAAGCCUACCAUUCUUUUUGUCAUACACCUCGUAUACCAGUUUCAAAGUCGACUACCAAGUGGCACUGUGACAACUGUACGCAAAGAAAUUGCAAGCCAAACAUUGCUCAGAGUUUCAGUUCUAUCAUGAGUCGUCCCAUUACACCUCCACACCCUUCUAUACUGCCGCCCGUGUUGAGCCCACAAGUUUCUCCUGCUAGAGGAUCUAUGGAUCACAUAGAAGACGACGGACCAAGGGAUGGAAUUGACCCGAAUAUUCCCGAUGCUACCGACUGGACGUCUGAACAAGUUUAUCAGUACUUUGCCAGGCUUUUCCCCAAGGAAGCUGAAGUUUUCCGGCAACACGAUAUAGACGGCCAUUCGCUUUUGCUGAUGAAACGGUCGGACGUCUUGAGUAACAUGGACCUACUUCUAGGGCCUGCGUUGAAAAUUUAUCGACAUGUGUUGAAGCUGCAGGUGCGGCGAGAUGAUCCACGUCUAUACUGGCUGUAGUGAAUCCUCGGAUAUGCCAUAUUUUUAUUUUGUGUCCAUUAUUACUGCCUUACAACGAUCGAGCAUAGCUUUUAUAAUUGGUAUGUUAAACUGCAAGAUCGUGUGACUAAUUCCAGAUCAUUUAGUGGAUUACUAGAAUUCACAAUUACAUUUUUUCAGUUUUCUUCUAGUUUUUGUUUUCGUUGAUCUUUAUCUGUUAGAUUGACUAUGAUACUGAUCACAUGAUUAAACUAAUGGCAAUCUUCGUAUAGAAACGAACGAACUUAAUGAUAAUUUUAUCGGAUCGUUUUAUGUACUGAUUCAACAAACUAUACACUCCUCGAUUUUGUACGUAACAGACUAUUAUGCGUCCCCAUCACAUUCCUUGUAACAAUUUCAGUCGUAUCUCUGUGUUGGUAUAUUACUGUUGAUUCUAUUUGUGGGAUUUCUCACAGACCUAAUUCUUCAGAGGACUGAUGAAGCAAGGUAAUAAGAUGUGGUGAAGAUCACUCGAAUGCUUUUACUGCUGCGAAAGAAAUUAUGCGACAUGAUUCAUUGUAUUGUUAACAACACGUAACUUAAUAAUGCAGCUUUUGUGAGCACUUGGUCUUUUUGUUCUAAUGAUUAUUGGAAUUUUGCUCAGUAUUUUAAAAUGGAAUUGGUUGUAAAAUCAGUUUAACUGAUUGUAACAUUAAGGUAAAUAUGUUGAAUUUAUAUGAUGGUAUUGUCUAUCAUAAAUAAAGACUAUUUCUAUACCUUAA